AUGGCGGCCUUCGAACAAAGUCACCAAGUCGUCCUUGGGAUGAAGUCAAUGGCCCCCAAAGAUUUUGAGGCUUGGCAGAACUUGGCCAAACUGCCGGAGUUGUACGACCCGCCACAGAAGGCCAACCAGUGCUUCACAAAGUUCAUGUACUGCGCCGCCAAAUCGUCGCUUUGCUGCCUCAUUCCACCGGCGAGGUUGUGCUUGGUCCCAUGUUGUCAGAACAGGUUUGCGGACAUCACGGCCGGGGAUGAAUGGUUAGAACAGAUGCUCAAGGUGCCGAGCCACAAAAAUGCUCCCGAGCACCUCAAAGGAGCUUGGUGGCUGCAGGACAACAUUGCCGGAGAAGGCAUCAUCACCUUCCAUGAUGCGGACUGGCAGAGCGAGUCAACGGGAAUGAAGAUCUCCAAGUACAACUGGACCAUUGAUGCGUGGAACCUGUGGGGCUUAAUUUUGACGUGCAACGGCUACUGGACGGGUGGCGGGCACUUGCUUGAGACGUCGCCCAACGGCAAGUGGACUCACAUUACCUUUGCGGAGACAAAGGCAUCCCACUGGAUCUACGUCAUUCAGCCAGAAGAUGUGUUCAAGACACCAGACGGGGAAGUGAUUGACGUGACUCCCGGUGAUGACAUGAUGCGAAUCUCCUUCGACUCAUUGGACACCACCGGGGGGAUUGGGUUUCAGUACUUGGUGCGGCGUGUCGCUUAUCUUGAUGAAAGUGGCAAGCUCGUCAAGACACCAAACCAUGAGAAGUUGAUGAAGGUUGCAAAAUCCGGCUCGCAAUUCUGCUGUUUCGACUGUGGGACCCAUAAGAUGAAUGCCAUCCAGCGAACUCAGAAUUUCCGGAUCGCCAAGCCACCGAAGCAAGCCACCAUGGAGGGCGAACGCAUGUGA